AUUUGUAGAUUAUGGGUGUAUUUUCAUCCUUGAAAGGCAUAUUUCAGAAAAGACAAGUCAAAAAAACACAGUUAACAAAUCUCAAUAAGAAAAACAUAAUAUCAAUAUCGAAAGACAAUAUGGGCUCAGCUAUUAAAAGUACUGAUGCUACUUGCAGCCCAACUACUUCAUCUAAACAAGCUAACAGUGAUGCUGGUGGAUACAACUACAAGUACAGCGAUGGAAGAAGAUAUCAAGGGCACGAUAACGUAUCUUAUUUGCUGCCUAAUGAUGAUGAUGAAAACGAUCGCAUCCACCAACAACAUUGGAUCCUUCGCUAUGCAUUUCAAUGCAACUUCCAUGCGCCUGUGACAAAGAUGCUAGAAGAAGGUAUCACGGUGCUUGACUCAGGUUGCGGUCCUGCGACUUGGACCUUUGAGAUUGGCGAAUCUUAUCCUCGGUCCAAGAUCUAUGGUGUAGACGCCUCUUGCGUCUUUCCCGAAGACAUCAAACCAGCCAACGUAGAGUUUGCUAUUGGCAAUAUUGCCAAGCGUAUUCCAUACGAAGACAGCAUGUUUGACUAUGUACAUCAACGUCUGCUUAUUGGUGGUCUGACACAUGAUGACUGGAAAAACACUUUAAAAGAGCACUAUAGAAUUCUAAAACCCGGAGGCUAUGUUGAAUUGGCCGAAGUUAGCUUUAUUGACUUAGAUGAGGCGGGACCUUAUAUGGCAACUUUAGUUAAGGCUUUCGAAACAUUAUUUGAUAGUCGUGGCCUUAGAAUCAAGAUUGGCUUGGAAUUGGAAGAUCGAUUGAGACAAGCUGGCUUUGAGAAUAUUGUUGUAAAAAAGAUUCCUCUUCCAUUCAAUCAUAGUGGAAAAAUUGGUGAACUAUUAUGGUGUGAUUUUCAACACCUCUGUAUUAACCUCAAGCCAGCUUUAGUCAAAGCAAAUCCAGCACUGGAUGGCCCGGGCGUAUUUGAUACAUAUUUGGAAAAAGCUGCCAUAGAAUUAACUCUGAGUAAGACAUACUCUAAAUUCUUUGUUGCUUAUGCUCAAAAGCCCAAAGCCAUUGCUGAUAAAAACUAAUUUCUGUCUUCUUCAAAUUAUUAAGAAUACAUUUAGAAAACUCUAAUUUUACUAUCGUUAUUUCUAUAAUUUGGAUCACUAAUACUAUCACUUAUAAUACCUUCAUUUCUCUUAUGCAAAAUACUUAUUAACAAUCAUGCAUACAGAGAGCCUAAUAAAUAUUGCUUCAAAC